AUGGCAUCUGUAUUCACGUUCGACCCUAACCCACCACGUGUAUCUUCUCCGUGGCUGGCAGCCGAGGAUCCAGACAAGAAACAUGCUGCAGAGCGCUCCGCUUCGGCAAGCAAUGAUGACGACUCGGAGCAAAGUCCAGGGUUGAAUGUGGAGAGACUCGAUGCUGAACCUCAAGAUGGGCCGAUCGAGUACAAAUUGCAUUUACUUCUGCGCCCACGUCGCAGAUAUGAUGCCAUGACUACGACAUCAAGGGGAGUCGGUUCGCAGCAAUCGAGACCACGGCCCGUCAUUUCUAGUAAGUCUGGGAGUAAUACGCCGACAUCUUCGGCACAGACCCGGCAGAAUCGUCUUGCGCAGCUUACAACCCAACUGCUUUGGAGGCUACAGCAAUCGUCUCCGAAUCAUGCAAAAGCAAGAGGGGAUCUAAUAAUUCCAAGGCUGCCGGAGGAUAGCGACAGUUUGGAUUUAUCUUUAUUGGAGAAGCCCGAGAAACUCCUUCCUGGGUUGGAGGAGUCGAAUGGAGCGCUGUAUGAAAUAGGCGUCUCUGAUGAUGGAACUUUCGUUGGACUGACCAAAGAUGAGAUGGACGAGAGUAUGACGACUUUAAAGAUUAUGGCGGCCAGUUUGGGAUGCCGGGUAGAAGUCCAACGGAUGAAGCUCGUGGGCCAUUGCCAAUGGACUGAAUAUGCGAACACGACGGCCAUCCCAAUUCAAAACCGCUGCGAAGCUGACUUAUGGGUUGCCGAAGCUCUCGUCACGCCGAACCUCGAGCCACUGAACGACACUGAUGGUGACAGUGGGGGUGCUUCUCGGCAGCAAGAUUUUAUGAAUGCAGUGACUGUGUCUCGGACAGAGCAGCUUCGUGUAUCUUUGACGGGCCCAACAACUUCCGGGAAGACCUCCUUACUUGGUACUCUCGCCAACGGGUCAUUAGAUAAUGGUCGUGGAAGUAGUCGUAUCAACCUUUUGAAGCAUCGCCACGAGGUUGUCUCGGGGCAGACGUCUUCUGUCGCGCAAGAACUCAUUGGCUACAAGGAUCAAAAAAUCUACAACUAUGCUGGCGCGGACGUCGAUUCUUGGACAGAUAUUCACGAUCAUGCAGAAGAUGGUAGGCUCGUGUUUUUCUCGGAUUCAGCAGGUCAUCUUCGAUACCGCCGCACCAUUUUGCGAGGGGUUGUUGGCUGGGCCCCUCAUUGGAUCUUUCUCUGCAUCACUGCCAAUGGCAAUGAUAGCCCAAGCCGCGGAUCUCAUUCGCUUUCCGGUACCACUGAUGAUCUUGCUGAUAUGUCUGGCGGUCUAGACUUGGCAGUUGCGCAUCUGGAUCUCUGCUUACAGCUGGAGAUACCGUUGGUCAUCUUGAUCACCAAAUACGACCUUGCGACCAAAGACAAGCUCAGGGGAACUCUGAACACCAUUCUAACUAAAAUCAAAGCUAAAGGUCGGACUCCCAAGCUUCUGGCACCAAUGCCAGCAGACGGCCCAGAGCUAGUUGAGAUUCCCAAAAGCAGCCAGCAGAAGGUCAACCAGGACAUAACAAGAGCGAUUGCCGAGGCGGGCGAGCUAUUGUCGAUUGUUCCAAUAGUCUUAACCAGUGCGGUCACCGGGCAGGGGAUAGGAACUAUUCAUGCAUUGCUGAACAGCUUGCCAAUGCCUCCUGCGCCCACUGCUAGGGAUUUCGCCCCUCAGGUUCUGAACCCAGAACAACCAGCAGCACUAUUUCACGUGGACGAUAAGUAUGAGCUGGCAAAUCACGCAUCUGAUAAGAGUGCCAUUGUAGUUGCUGGUUACCUUCGCUUCGGCACUGUUCAUAUUGGUGAUAAGGUGGUACUCGGUCCUUUUCCUGCAGACGAGGACGAAGCACGAAGGCUGAUACCACGCGACCAUCCUUCGCCGGGGGACGGUUUGUCCAUUUCCCAUUCUUCAUUCUCUGAGUUGGCCCGGUUUGCCUCGAAGAAUGCUGUAUCUGCCUCCAGCGUCAAAGGCGAAUGGCGCAAUGCUACGGUGGUCAAUAUCCGCAAUUUGAGGUUGCCGGUGCGCACAAUGGAAGCUGGCCAGGCUGGCACCCUUCAGAUUGUAUUUGAUGAGCCUGUGGAAGAGCCGUCUGAUUCCGACUCCAUAUUCGAAAGGAUAAAACCGACGGGCGGCGUCAUUCGCAAGGGGCAGGUCCUUGCUAUCCCAAGUCAGCACAUGCUGGACACUGGCCUGUCGUUACAAGCAGCUUCCGGUCUUAGAGCUGUCUUUAGGGACGACGGCGUUACCAAGCUCUCUGUGGGAAGUCUUGUCAAUAUCUAUGUUGCAACAGUGCGGGCAGCUGCACGUAUUCUGAAGGUUAUUCGAUAUCUCCACAACGACAGUGCACACAAUACAACAAAAGCGGAUGAGCAUGAUGACGUGUUCAGCAUGGCUGACAGCAUAGAGCUCGAACGGCCACAGUCUGAUAGUGGCAGUGACUUCUCUGAAUAUGCUGUUACGCUGGAAUUGCUUACGAACAGAGAGUGGAUAGAACUGGGCUCACGGGUAUUGCUUUUGGAAGGUGGGAAGCAGGGGAGUUCAGGUCUAGAGGGGUACAUUGGAAAAGUAAUAGAAGUAGCAGAAUAG